AUGAGUGGAGGGUGGAACACGAUCGAGUCGGAUGCAGGUGUCUUUACCUACCUUCUCGACAACCUCGGCGUCAAGGAUGUCCAAUUUGAGGAGCUCCUGACCCUCGAGCCGGAUGCGCUUGCCGAGCUGUAUCCCGUAUACGGCGUAAUAUUCCUCUUCAAGUACCCGACAAAUGUGCCCUACACAUCGACCGACAAGCCGCUCGACGGCACUUUUGACCGCGAUGCGUCCGAGCACAUCUUCUUCGCCGCGCAGACCAUCCAGAAUGCAUGUGGCACGCAGGCGCUCCUCUCGGUCCUCAUGAACAAGGAAGGCGAAAUGGACAUGGGCGGCCCGCUGCGUGACUUCCGAGAUUUCGCCAUGAUGCUGCCGCCUGACAUCCGCGGCGAGGCGCUCAGCAACUCGGAGCUGAUCCGCGAUGUGCACAACAGCUUUGCCAAAAGCAGUCCGUUUGUCGACGAGACGCAGCGGACGAGCGGCGAGACUGAGGACGCUUUUCAUUUUGUUGCCUACACGCCCAUCGACGGCACCCUGUUUGAACUGGACGGCCUACAACCCGCGCCCAUCAGUCAUGGCGCCUGUUCAUCUGACGAGUUCCCUACGAAGGUCAUGGAGGUGCUGCAGCGACGCAUAAAUCGCUACGAAGCCACCGAGAUCCGGUUCAAUCUGAUGGCCAUGGUCCGGGAUUUGCGGAUAAAGGCUCGUGAGAUUGGAGACACGGAGAUGUUGGCGAGGGAAGAGCGGAAGCGCAGAGACUGGCAGUUUGAGAACGCUCUGAGAAGACACAACUUUGUAGGUUUUGCCGGUGCGGUACUCAAGGAAGUGGUGGACAUGAAGCUCAAGGAAGGCGAUGGUGCCUAUGACAAGUGGAUUACCGACGCGAAGGAUAAGACGAAGCAGAGGAUCGAGAGCCGGAAGAAGGGUGGCGGCGAGGAUAUCGAGAUGGAGGGAUGA